GACACGGGCGGUGCUCUUGCGGACAAUGUGAGUGUGAACCCGGCUAUACCGGUGAGGCUUGCGAGUGUCCUACAUCAUCUGAUUCCUGUAUGGCCAGUAAUGGAAUGAUAUGUAAUGGAGUGGGAAACUGUGUCUGCGGCGAAUGUAUGUGUGAUAAAGACUCGUAUUUUCGCGGGCCAACAUGUGAGGAAUGCCCGAUUUUAGAACCGAAACAUCCACAGUGUAACCAUCGUGGAAUGUUUGACCCGUGCGGCACGUGUAAAUGCGAACCUUAUUUCUAUGGGGACAUGUGUGAAUGCGAGGCCAAUUAUCGGAUUCCAGAUCGUGACACAGCCAUGGCCGCAUGCACUGACUCCGGUUCUGCGGAGCCGUGUAACGGGAGGGGUGAGUGUAAAUGUGGGUCAUGCGAGUGUUUUUCACGAGGAUCGAACAUGACUGAGGGUUAUUUCGGACGGUAUUGUGAAUGUGACGACUUCUCAUGUCCAAAACAUGAAGGCAAAUUAUGUGGAGGACACGGUCGAUGUGUUUGUGGUGAAUGUCAAUGUGACACUGGUUAUUCUGGCGAGGCAUGCGAUUGCACGACAGACACGAGCACGUGCAAGUCAAGUAAUGGAUUGCUAUGCAACGGACAUGGCAGUUGUAUAUGUGGAGAGUGUGUGUGUGAAGAAACAUUUAGAGGACCAAAGUGUGAGGACUGUCCUAUCCAGGAACAUGAAUUUUCUAGUGAACUUUGUUCGUAUCGUGGUACGAACAUGUGUGGUGACUGUGUAUGUGAUGAAGGUCACUAUGGUAAGGCGUGUGAAUGUGAUGUCAUGCCCGAAAUGACGAGAGAAGAAGUUAUGCGCCAGUGUAUAAGUCCAAAUUCAACAACUGGAGUAAUGUGUUCUGGGAGAGGAGAAUGUAUUUGUGGGUUUUGUAGUUGUAACCCUUUACGGCCUCAAUCAUCACAAGUUUACUCGGGUCAGUUUUGUGAAUGCAAUGAUUACUCAUGUUCCUACAGUAAUAACCGGAUAUGUGCAGGACACGGGCGGUGCUCUUGCGGACAAUGUGAGUGUGAACCCGGCUAUACCGGUGAGGCUUGCGACUGUCCUACAUCAUCUGAUUCCUGUAUGGCCAGUAAUGGAAUGAUAUGUAAUGGAGUGGGAAACUGUGUCUGCGGCGUAUGUUUGUGUGAUAAAGACUCGUAUUUUCGCGGGCCAACAUGUGAGGAAUGCCCGACAUGUCCUGGAGUGUGUCAGACUUACAAAAGCUGCGUGUUCUGUAUAUUAGGAUCAGGGGAGUACACUAAAGAAUAUUGUUCGACAAACUGCCAGAUGCGGAAUAUUGAGAUUGUCGAUUCAUUGAAUCUGGAUGGAGAAAACGGAGGAGAAACACCAAAACAGUGUAGCUACUGGGACGAAACCGAUGAUGUCAACGUUUUAUUUACUUACACUUACGAUGACUUUAACCAAAUUCUUAUCAAAGUGCAGCGAAGAGAUAUGAAUUAGUGUUUUAUAAUCCAACCAUACUUAUAUUGAUAUUGUCAUUAGGAAAAGAAAAUUAGUUUAAACCUUUGUUAUUACAAAUAAAAAGAAUUAACCUGCAAAUGUGUAGUCUAGUAUUAUAUAUACAUAACAGACCAAUUAAAAGAACUUACAUGUACGUUGCGUUCAUUGAACGCCGCCUUUCCUUGUUGAUCUUGUUUAUCAUAUUUUAUUACAUGUACGUAACAAAGUGUCGUUUAGUAUUUUAUAACGUUAGCGAAGCAAUAAAUUGUUGGUAAAAGAA